GCCGGCGCGCGCGCGGAGGAUUUUUUCCCCGAUGGCUGGGCAGAGGCUGGCGGCGGGCUUCCUGCAGGUGCCCGCGGUGACACGAGCCUACACCGCGGCCUGCGUCCUCACCACGGCCGCAGUGCAGCUGGAGCUCCUCAGCCCCUUCCAGCUCUACUUCAACCCGCACCUGGUGUUCCGGAAGUUCCAGGUCUGGAGGCUCAUCACUACCUUCCUCUUCUUCGGGCCCCUGGGAUUCGGCUUCUUUUUCAACAUGCUCUUCGUGUUCCGCUACUGCCGCAUGCUGGAGGAGGGGUCUUUCCGAGGCCGCAAGGCCGACUUCGUUUUCAUGUUUCUCUUCGGUGGUGUUCUUAUGACUCUGCUGGGAUUCCUGGGCAGCCUGUUCUUCCUGGGCCAGGCCCUCAUGGCCAUGCUGGUCUAUGUGUGGAGCCGUCGCAGCCCUCACGUGAGAGUCAACUUCUUCGGCUUACUCAGCUUCCAGGCACCAUUCCUGCCCUGGGCUCUCAUGGGCUUCUCGCUGCUGCUGGGCAACUCGGUUAUCACAGACCUGCUAGGGAUCAUUGUGGGCCACAUCUAUUACUUCCUAGAAGAUGUGUUUCCUAACCAGCCGGGAGGCAAGAGACUGCUGCUGACACCCAGCUUCUUGAAGCUGUUACUAGAUGACCCUCCGGAGGACCCCAACUACCUGCCCCUUCCUGAAGAGCAGCCAGAGCCCCAACUGCAGCCCCUGGAGCAGUAAGCCCACUCUGGCCAGCCCGAGGCUUCUGACAGCACUGUCCUUCCCUCCGCCUCAGCUCCAGCUGAGCUGCCCAUCCGGAAGCCUCAGUGCCUCAGCCAGCAAUGCCCCACUUCUCUGUACCAUCUCUCUGCUCAACUGUAAUGACAGGACACAGGGCCCAGAGAGGCCCACAACUGCCUACAGACGCCUAGCAGAGUUCAAAUCACAGACUAAUCACAGGUCUCUCCUGCAUGCUCCCAGGGCCUCUAUGGAGCCCUCAGUCCCAGUCAACAGGAGCCCGCCUGUGGGGCCCAUGGCAUCCACCCAGCCUCUCUGUCUUCAUUUCAAACAAGCAAGUCUUCACCUUCUCCAGCUGCUGACCAAAGGUCCUAUGGUCUCAGGAGCAGAGGCCAAGUGUGGCCCUCUACCACACUAAUGAGUCCAGGGCCUUGAGCGCUGUUGAAGCAGCAGCCCCUGUACAGCAGUUCGGGACAGUCCUUCUAUGUGUCUUACAGCUCGGGCCUGUGUGGGCUUUCCUACCUAGCUUUCCUAGACACUGUACAUGUGCCCCACAGGGCUUUCUCCUGGAUGCCCAACAGUACGGGAAUCCCCCAACCAUGGCCUGUUACUUCUAUGGCAACAAAACUGUUUUCUACUGA